AUGGACUAUUACAAGAUUCUAGGCAUCUCCCAAGAUGCUUCAAUGGAAGAUAUUAAAAGAGCUUACCGAAAAAUGGCACUUAGAUACCAUCCAGAUAAAAAUAAAUCAUCGGAUGCAGAGGAAAGGUUUAAAGCCAUCUCGCAAGCUUACGAAAUAUUGAGCGAUGUGAAAAAGCGAGAGUGUUACGAUCAACAUGUGAAAGGUAAAAUGAAAGAUGAGGAGGUACCUAAAGGGGGUAAUAAUAAAACUCGCUUCACAUAUACCUCUACCCAUACUAGCGAUCCCAAAACUCGCUUCACAUAUACCUCUACUACUAGCAAUCCCAAAACUCGCUUUACAUAUACCUCUACUACUAGCGAUCCCAAAACUCGCUUUACAUAUACAUCUACCACUACUACUACUAGCGGUCCAAUGGACGACAUUUUCCAUCAGUUCUUCGGCACCCACGGUAAUUUUAAUCACUUCUUUAAUAACUCUGACGACGACGAUGAUGAUGAUGAUAUUCGUAUGAUGUGGAGAGGCAUCAGUAGGCAUCGAAUGGGAGGUUUCAACUGUAAUCACAAACACUAUCACAGGGGGGGAAGGCAUCACCAUCAUCAUCAUCAUCAUCAUCAUCAGGAUCCUCCAAUCUACCGGGACCUGUACGUGACCCUCGAAGAAAUAACUCAAGGACAAGACGUCCACCAGCCGUGCAGAGAGGGUUGCUGUCGUUUUGUCCGUGGUGAUUACAAGAGUUUCCACGAUGAUGAUCACGAGAAUUCUACCAGCGUGUCUUUUGGGGAAUCUGCAGAAGCCCAUAGUACAAACACAAGCGACGAAAGGAAAAAAAGAAAAAUAGAAGACGCCGAUGAGCGAAGCACAUUUUCUCGAAGACGACGAAUGAAAGGAGCCGGGAGCAGUGUGUCCUCCUCCACCUCCUCCUCCUCCCUCCUCUUCUUCUCUUCUCCUUCUCCUUCUCCUCCUCCUCCUCCUCAGACUAACAUGACACGAUUGUGGAGAGUUUCUUUUCUGAAAUUUCGAGGACGCGCAACAUCUCCUCCUCCUCCUCCUCCUCCUUCCGAAAGGGAGCACCCACUCGGCGCCGAUUGGACUCAGAGCGUCUAUAAUGUUUCGGCCACCUCGUUGGCCAUCUUCGGGGACGGGAUCGCUGAGUGCAAUGGGGUCUUUGUGUCAGAUGUAUUCACGCUAUUUAUUGCAUUCGGGUUGGCUUGA